CUUCCAGUGAAGUUCUGAUAUGCUGCCUGAACAGCAGCCCGUACCAACUUAACUUUUUUUUCCUCCGGUCUUUGUCAUUUCUGGGUUCAGGGUUUACUGUCGCAGUUGUCAUUCAAAGCACCUGGGCGGUGUUGCCUGAUGGAUGAUUAGAAUGUUGGCAUUUAUAACGGGAACGUCGUCUUUCCAUCGGCACACUUUGAAAGUGCUGCAACGGAGAAAGGACAUUUCAUGUUGUGCAAAGAGAUGUCAUCAGUUCCAAGGAUACAAACCCUGUGUUCCAAAUAAUUUCAAGGAUUAUGAAAACCUCAGACAGGUCUACAAUCCACAAGUUCCUGAGUAUUUUAACUUUGCAAACGAUGUGCUGGACAAGUGGGCAGAGAGAGAGAAGUGUGGAGAAAAAUCACCGAACCUGGCUUUUUGGUGGGUAAAUGACCAAAAGAAUGAGAUCAAAUGGAGCUUUGAAGAACUAGGAUUCCAUUCUAGAAGAAUAUCCAAUGUUCUGUCGGGUCCCUGCAAUCUACACAAGGGAGACAGAGUGCUUUUGAUCCUACCCAGACUCCCAGAGUGGUGGCUCGUGAACGUGGCUUGUCUUAGAACAGGAACAGUGUUGAUCCCUGGGACCUCUCAGCUAACAGCCAGAGAUAUCCUCCACAGACUGUGCACCUCCAAGGCCAAAUGCAUCAUAACAGAUGACACCCUGGCCCCAGUGCUUGAUUCUAUAGCUCCAGAAUGCUCUUUUCUCAAGACAAAACUUCUGGUGUCAGAUAGAAAGAGAGAGGGCUGGAUGAACCUUGGGGAGUUGUCAAGCAUGGCAUCGAGCAACCACACCUGUGUGGAGACGAAAAGUGAUGACCCUAUGACCAUCUUUUUCACCAGUGGUACUACGGGUUCUCCAAAAAUGACACAGCACAGCCACUGCAGCUUUGGGAUAGGACUGACUGUCAAUGGCAGGUACUGGCUGGAUCUGACGGAUCGGGAUGUGCUGUGGAAUACCUCAGACACAGGAUGGGCUAAGACUGCCUGGAGCAGUGUAUUUGCUGCCUGGAUCCAGGGAGCAUGUGUGUUUGUGCACCACAUGCCAAGGUUUGAAACCAAAACAGUGAUUGAGACUCUGGCCAAUUAUCCAAUUUCAACAUUCUGCACUGCCCCAACUGCAUAUAGAAUGCUGGUACAAGAAGACCUGUCCAGGUACCGGUUUCAAAGCUUGCAGCAUUGCUUGUCUGCAGGAGAGCCCAUUAACCCUGAAGUGAUGGAAAAAUGGAAAGCCAGCACAGGAUUAAAUAUCUACGAGGGAUAUGGACAAACUGAAACUGUGUUAAUUGCUGGUACUUUUAAAGGAAUGGAUAUCAAACCAGGGUCUUUUGGAAAGCCAUCUCCAGCAUAUGAUGUGCAGGUCGUGGACGAUGCUGGUAAAGUUGUAGCUCCUGGAGUGGAGGGAAAUUUGGCCAUCAGAGUGAAACCCGUGAAGCCCUUCUGCCUAUUCACUGGAUACACAGACGAUCCAGAGCGAACGGCACAGUGCUACAGAGGGGAUUUCUAUCUGACGGGCGACAGGGGAAUAAUGGAUAAGGAUGGUUACCUGUGGUUUGUGGGUCGAGCAGAUGAUGUCAUUCUAUCUGCUGGGUAUCGCAUUGGCCCAUUUGAAGUUGAAAAUGCGCUGAUUGAGCAUGAAGCUGUGGCAGAAUCAGCUGUGGUUAGCAGCCCUGACCCAGUCAGAGGAGAGAUUGUAAAGGCAUUUGUUGUACUGAGCCCAACAUUCAAGUCAUGCAGCCAUGAUCAGCUUAUAGCUGAAUUGCAGAGGCAUGUGAAGAAAGUGACUGCACCAUAUAAAUAUCCUCGCAAGAUUGAGUUUGUGGAACAACUUCCCAAGACUGUGAGUGGUAAAAUAAGAAGAGUUGAGCUGCGGAACAAAGAAUGGGGAAGAUGUUGAAGUAGAAACAGCUUCAUUUUAAAACAUCUAGAUUCUAGAACUUGAUAGAGCCAAGGAUGUUAUGCUAUGGAUAAAAAGCGUCUGCUAAAUGAAUAAAUGUAAAUGUAAAUGUUUCACUCAUUAGGUAACUCUUGAACACGUUUGUGUGAUUGUUGCUUGAUUGUUUAUUAAAAAUGUCCCAUUUCUUAGUUAAAAACACCAUGUCUGAAUACAAGGGCGGGUUACAGUGCACUACUGAGUGAAUAAAUACAUACAUAAAAUACA